AGGACAAUAAAUAAUAGAUCUUUGGCGGAAAAAAAAGAUAAAUUCAUCGAUAAUAACAACACUAUUAAACGAGUGAAUUUCCUUGCUGAAGUUAGUAUAUUUUUCAACCUACACGUACUACCUAUCUUGAAGUAAAAUGGCGGAAUCAACAUCAACCCUUUUAUUAAUUGUUCUCAGUUCAAUAUUCUUUAUAAUAGUACGUUGGGCUGUAAAAAGGUACCGAAAACAUCAAGUUUUAAAGCAGUAUGGAAUUCCAGGGCCAAAACCGAAUUUCUUCGAUGGUCACAUGUUCGCCUUAAGAAAAGAAAACACACCACACAAACUUAUGGAAACAUGGAGGAAAAAGUAUGGUGAUAUUUUUGGCUAUUAUAUGGGAGAAGUGCCAUACAUUGUUGUAAAUGAUUUGGACGUUAUCAAAAAAAUAAUGAUUAAAGACUUUCAGCUGUUCAGCAAUCGACCAAAAUUGUACAUGAAUAUUAAGCCUUUUGACCAUUCAUUAAUUGCCUUGGAUGAUAUCCGAUGGAAAGAAGUGCGUUCCAUUCUUUCGCCCGUAUUCAGUACCAGCAAACUAAAGCUUAUGAAGAGUAUUUUCGAGAAAAAAGUUGAUAUUGCAGUCGAUAUUGUAAGCAAAAAAGUGCAAAAUAACGAAAUUUUUGACAUUUACAAAAUAUUUCAAGGGCUGACGAUGGACACGAUUUCUUCCUGUGCUCUGGCUAUGAAGACUCGUGGCUUGGAAAAUCAUAACGAUCCAAUGAUGUGUGCAAUGCGGUCAUUUAUUCAUGAAGCUCAUUCCCCGGCCAUCACUCUUGGCGUUAUGUUCCCAAUUUUGGAAACUAUUUUUACAUUCCUGGUUAACAAUUUGGGCAAUCAUAGUCAAAUGAAUUCCCUCAUCCUUGGAAACCUGGAUAAGGUCAUUAGUGAAAGAAGGAAGAAUCCUGAAUUAAGGAGUAUGGACGUACUUCAACUUAUGUUGGACAUCAGUGACGAAGAGAAAAGCAGCAGUACAAAGUUGUCUACAAUUGAAGUGAUAGCAAAUGCACAUUUAGUACUCAUAGCAGGAUACGAAACAACUUCCACUGCCUUAGCAUUCAUGCUUUACUUGUUAGUAAAACACCAAGAUGUCCAACAACGCCUCUUUGAAGAAAUCGAUGGAGCUCCCGAUGCGAGCUACACCACAGUUCAAGAGCACCGGUAUUUAGAUCAAGUCUUCAAUGAAUCCUUGCGAAUAUAUCCUCCCAUAACUGGAUUCGUAACCAGAGAGUGCAAACAAGACUAUGACGCUGGACCCUGCACAUUCCCUAAAGGAUCCGCAGUGUUGAUACCCGUUUGGGACCUUCAACAUGACCCAGAGUUAUACCCGGAUCCGUGGAAGUUUGAUCCAGACAGAUUUUCCCCAGAAAACAAGAAACACAUAAAGAGCAUGUCUUUCCAGCCAUUUGGCGAAGGUCCCAGAAACUGCAUUGGAUCCAGAUUUGCACAACUCGAAGCGAAAUUGGCUGUGUUUAAACUCAUAAAGAAAUUUAAAUUCGUGCCGUGUGAGAAAACUGAAGAAAACAUCACCCUUGUGACGCCAACUUUAGGAACAUGUCCAAAGAAGGGUGUUUGGUGCAAAGCUUUGCCCCGAGAAAACAAUAAAACAACCUCAAGAAUGUACGUGACACUGACUCUUAUUAGCGUCUUUUUCUCCUUCAUUGUUAUCAUCAUAUCUAAAUGGGCCAUUCGGAGGCAUUCAAUCCACCAGACGUUGAAACGCUACGGAAUACCUGGACCGGAACCGGACUUCCUAACUGGGAAUCUGCGCCAAUUGAAGAAGGAUCCUACGCCAAAUGAGCUCAUGUCUGCUUGGAUUAAAAAAUAUGGAAACAUAUUAGGAUACUAUGUGGGAGAAGACAUAUUUGUGGUUAUCAAAGAUCUGGAGAUACUGAAAAAGAUCUUAAUCAAAGACAUCAAUGUGUUCAGCAACCGACCAACAUUAUUUGUAGACGUUGAUCCAGCACCAAAGACUUUGGUCGGUCUUCGAGACAAAAGAUGGAAGGAAGUCAGGAACAUUGUCACUCCUACUUUUAGUUCAGGAAAAAUUAAACAAAUGACAGAUGUUUUCUCUAAGAAGGUUGAUAUAACUAUUGACCUUAUAAUGAAGAAAGCACAUUCGAAUGAAGGAUUUAAUAUCUCUCAACUUGUGCAAGGACUGACCUUAGACGUGAUUGCAGCCUGUGCUCUUGCAAUGAAAACAAAUUGCCAAGAAAAUCCUGAUGAUGCUCUUCUCUCUAAUGUAAGGACUAUUAUGGACACACAGUACAAUAAAUUAGCUGAAUACAUCAUAUUAUUUCCUUUUAUGUCUAAAGUGAUUAAAUUACUUGAAUUUACAACGCCCUUCAAACAAUCUAUGGAUUUCAUUGCGAAUCAUAUAAGAGGCGUGAUUAAAGAGCGACGCAAGAUCCCGAACUUCAAAAGUGCCGAUAUUCUGCAAACUCUUCUCGAAAGCAGUGAAGAAGGAACUAAAUCUGGAAGUGGAACUAAAUUAACCGAAGAGGAAGUUGUGGCCCAAGCUUUCGUAGUAUUCUUAGCUGGUUAUGAAACAACAGCAACAGCUUUGGCUUUUACCUUCCACCUGUUAGUAACCCAUCCAGAGAUACAGGACCGUCUCUACGAGGAGAUAAAAGAUGUAAAGGAUUCAGAUUACGCAACGAUACAAGGUCUUCAGUAUUUGGAUCAAGUAUUCAAUGAAUCCCUUAGGUUGUAUCCUCCAGUAACAGGUUUUACAUCCAGAGUUUGCGAUCAAGACUACGAUAUUGGCCCUCACACGAUUCCCAAAAACGCGCACGUUUUUGUUCCGGUCUGGGACCUCCAACAUGAUCCAGAAUAUUGGCCAGAACCUUAUAAAUUUGAUCCAGAUCGCUUUUCUCCAGAGAACAAAGGAUCGAUUAAAAAUAUGACAUACAUGCCAUUCGGAGCGGGACCCAGAAACUGCAUUGGUGCUCGCUUUGCCCAACUGGAAGCAAAAAUGAUUCUUUUCAAGCUGCUGAAAAAAGUGAAAUUGCAACCCUCUGAGAAAACGGAGAAAGAACUUACUUUACACACUCAUACGGUGAUAACUUAUCCAAAGAACGGCGUGUGGCUGAAAGCAGUUCUAAGAAAUUAAGAAUUCUAGCAUUGAAAAGAA